UGAUAAUUUCGAAGGUGUUUCCCUCCUAUGCAGUACUCUGCCCCGUGUAUGAAGAACCUCACAAUCCCAACGAGAAUCCCCAAAAUCACUCUCCCGUUAGGGUUUCUGCUUCCCUCCGAUCCCAGGUUCUUCAGAAGUUAGUUUUCUCUCUCUCUCUCUCUCUCUCGUUCUUCUCUGCUCAGAAUGAAGCCCCGUCAAAGGCUGAAGAAGCCCGAUGCAUCCUCCAAGCUGGUUCUUCAAGAGAUCAUCGGUUUGACCACCAAAAGCGCAACAGGAUUGGCGUCGGUUAUCAGCAGCUCGAAAUGCGUUUACCUGGCGGGAUGUGUUGUCGUGAUCUAUGAUGUUGAUUCGUGUACUCAAUGCCACCUCGCUGUCUCUCACCGGAUGCCUAAGCCCUUGAAUUGUGUGGCGGUGUCUCAGAACGGGCGAUUUGUAGCUGCAGGAGAGUCUCCAAAUCUCUCUGCAGUCUUAAUAUGGGACUGCGAGACCUUGGGAUUGGUAUCAGAACUGAAAGGCCAUCUUUAUGGAGUUCAGUGCCUCGCCUUUUCACCCAACGGGGAGUAUUUGGUCACUGUUGGAGGGUACGUCUAUCUUUGGGAUUGGCGCAGAAGCAUCUUGGUGGCAAAGGUCAAGGCAAGUUCUCAUUGUUCUGCCAUUACAUCUGUGACGUUCUCAUCCUGCGGAAAAUUCAUUGCUACGGGUGGGAAUAAGCACUUGAAAUUCUGGACAAUGGGAUCUCUUCAGAGGACACGUUCAAGCAAAGGAGUGGGAUCACUAGCUAUUCUCGGAAAGCCUCCUGAUCAUGGUCUUUAUAAAGGAAAUUCAUUUGUAUCAGUGUUAUCAUCCAUUCGGGUUAACAGUUCUACUGGAAUUGAUGAACAUGCUGAUGAAGUUUUCUCAAUAUACGCACUCACAGAUACAGGCAUUCUGUACCUCAUGAAAUCUGGGAUGUCAGUCAAGAAGUCUGUGGAUCUGAAGGUUGAUAAGGGUUUUGCUCUAUCGGCCUCGGAAUGCUUGAUUGCUUGCGCAUGCACCAAGGGGGUGGUCCACCUCUUCACUCUUGAGUCUUUAGAUUUUGCUGGCACCAUACGGCAUUCAGAGGCUAAAACUAGUGAUGUCGAAAAUCAUACUCAAUUAGCGAAAGUAAAAAAUACCGAAUGUCAACCCGCCUGCUCUCCAGAUGCAGUUGCUUGUCAGUUUUCAAGCAAGGAGAAGCUGGUUGUCAUCUAUGGAGAUCAUAGCCUCUUUGUCUGGGACGUGAAGGAUGUGAACAGGCCCACUAGGUACUCUAAGAUGAUAUCACAUUCAGCAUGCAUAUGGGAUAUAAAGAAUCUCUCUUGCGGAAACAUGCACAGCCCAACGGCUGCAUGUGCAGUUAGGGGUUGUUCUGGUGAGGUUUCCUUUGCUACAUGCUCCGAAGAUGGCACCAUUAGGUUAUGGGAUCUUGCUCUCCAUCUGGGUCCUUUAGAAGUCACUGCAACCAGUAAAUCUUCAGAUUCCGAGAUACAAGGGACCAUGCAUUUAGCUAGUGCUGGGAUAUUUGAACGUGAUCUCAUGGAGACAGGAGCUCCCAUGUUUGGUUUUCGGUCACUAGCAGCAAGUGAAGAUGGGAAGUACUUAGCAGCUGGUGACCGUGUAGGAAAUCUUCAUAUGUAUGAUCUACAGGAAUCAGAAUAUAUGUGCUUUAUGAAUGCUCAUGAAGCAGAGAUUCAGUCACUGAGCUUCAGCUAUCCCAGCCCAGAAGCUGUUGAUUCUGGAAAGGCGCUGAACAGCCGUUACUUGCUAGCUUCUGGUGGAAAGGACCGAGCAAUCCAUAUUUAUGAUGUCAAAAGAAAUUUUGAUCUCAUCGAGAGUAUUCAUGAACAUCAAUCUGCGGUCACUUCUGUAAAAUUUGCUUCUGAUGGCUGCAAGAUUAUAACUUGUGGUGCGGAUAGGUCCUUUGUAUUUGAUGCCACAGGAGGACCAAGAGGUUCAAGUGAUUCACAUUGUCAUCCACAAACUCUAUCUAAUGGAACCUUCUAUGAUAUGGCUGUAGACCCAACAUCAGGAACCGUUGUCAUCGUUGGGAAGGAUAAGAAAAUAAAUGUGUUCGGCAUAGAAACUGGAAAGCUUGUCAGAUCAUUCAAGCAAGACAGAGAUUAUGGAGACCCAAUAAAGGUUAUUUUGGAUCCAAGCUGUAGCUUCUUGGUCUGUUCCUAUUCUAGCAAGAUAAUCUGUGUGUUUGACUUCAUUACUGGAGAACUGGUUGCCCAAGCCGCAGGCCACAGUGAAGUUGUCACUGGCGUGAUUUUCCUGCCUGAUUGCAGACAUAUUGUUUCUGUUGGAGGCGAUGGGUGUAUUUUUGUCUGGAAAGUGCCUUGCCAAAUGGCUACUAAGAUGAUGCAAACAUUAAACGAAGAUGCGGGUGCAUUGUCUCCUAAAACACUGUCCCAACCAGCAACUUUUAGGCAAAUAAUGGUUUGUCUUCAGGAAGACAUUCCAAAAGAUGUGUCCUGUUCAAUGAACUUUAAGCAAAGCUCCCCCUGGACAUCUUCAUUCAAGUUCAGUGUCUCUCGGCUUCCUAAGUGGGCUCAAGCAAAAGUGACAACCUCUGAUAAUGUCAUCAAGAGUCAGGACUGUGGCUCAAUCCAGGAACAAGAAGGAAAUACUCUCCUAAAUUCAUUUGACAAAACUGAAGCUUAUUCUUCUGGGAGUCUUGAAUACUUAACUCCCAAGCAUAGUUCAAGAAGCAAUCAGUCAUGCCUCAGCAGCUUGUCCAAAAGCUCUAGCACAACUUCAGCACUCCAAGAGGAUGCUGACAGCAGUUAUAACAUGGAUAAAAACCACUGGCGCACAGUCUAUAAUGUAUGUUUGGAUCUGCUGAAUUCUCCUUCUAGCAUCCAGCCAUCAGUCAUUUACAGCAGAACACAAGACCUGCCUAAGGUGCAACCUUACCAUGAGACCACUGUUGAUGAAACGUCUCAAUUAAACGAACAAAGACAAGAAGCAGAGAACGACUCCAUUGGGUAUUCUGCAGGGCGAAGUGACACGUUCAAGCGGGUCUUUACCAGUUUAUCAACAAUAGACGAAGGUGAGAAAUCUUCGCAGAGAAGGUACUCUUCCCAGUUUGUUCUGAGGAGAGACUAUUUUGGCAACAGCAAGCAGCAACUCCAUACCCCUUCCAAGAAUCUAGGGUUUCAGACCUUGAGUUGGAUCGAAGAACAUAGCACUCAUGCCACGGUAAAGGAUCAUCAGCCUGCAAAAAAGAAUUCAGGACAGCCAAAACAGGAAUUCAUGAGUGAAGCAAGCACAGAAGAUUCUUUUCAAGAACGAGUAAGUAAAUGCCGUCAAGCCUUACAGAUUUUGAAUCUUGCAGCUGAGGAUUUGUUCCAGUUACUGUCGGAACUAUCUUCUGUUGCUCCACAAGAUCAAAUCUCUAGUGAAUUAAGGGCCCAUUUUUAUGAUGAAACUGGUAAGAUGCUUCCAGACGUUUCUCAGAAAGUUGAUGCAGUUGCCAAUAUCAUCCUCCAGCAUCGAAAUCGCAGCUAAGUGACUUGACUUUUGUUCUUUUGUACAGUUCAUCAAUAACAAGAAUCAGUUUUUAUCAGAAAAUAAAGAUUUUAAAGAGCAACACUGUCGCUCCCCUCUGCAUAUCUUCAUCUCUGCUUUAAGUUCA